AUGGCAGCUGACCCUCCCCAUCCCUCUGAGAAGCAGGGCGAACAGAUUCAUGCCUCUCAGGAAACUGGAGUUGCUGUCCUUGCUACAGAUGGCGAUGUCACGUCCGAUCAGGAUUCACUCGACCAGGAGGCACAGGCUGGUGUGAAGGGUAUCCAGGCUGCUACGAAGGUGUGGACCAAGGGGCAUCUUAUCUUGGCAUAUGUGAUCAUCUGGUUCAUAUAUUUCGUUACCUCCAUUCAGGAGGUUGUUAUCCGAUCCUUGAACCCUUAUGUGACCAGCGCCUUCUCACUCCACUCGUUGACUGCAGCCACGAGCAUUAUGGCCAACAUAAUCGGUGGUUUGAGUAAAAUUCCACUGGCGAAAAUUUUGGACACCUGGGGCCGUCCUCAGGGUAUCAGUUUGACAUUGUUCAUCUGGGUUGUGGGCUUCAUCAUGAUGGCCGCCUGCAACAACGUGCAAACAUAUGCCGCUGCACAGGUCUUCUCUUCCGUUGGAUCCCAAGGAGUCAGCUAUUGUUUGACUGUUUUCAUCGCCGACACCUCGACACUGAAAAACCGAGCUCUAAUGCUGUCCUUUGCAACUUCUCCCUAUAUCAUUACAACAUGGAUUGGCGGCCCCAUCUCGCAGAGUGUCUUGGAAGGCCCAGGAUGGCGUUGGGGAUUCGGAAUUUUCACCAUAAUCGUUCCGGUUGUGGUCUCACCACUAUGCAUUCUGUUCUUCUGGAACCACCAGAAGGCCAAGAAGAUGGGCCUGCUCCAAUCCAGUCGCGGUCCACUCACCCUGCAGUCAGUCAAGAACUAUCUUAUCGAGGUCGACAUGCUUGGAAUUAUCCUUCUUGCUGGCGGUAUGGCACUGUUCCUCCUUCCCUUCAGCCUCUGGUCCUACCAAAAGGAUCAAUGGCGCUCUGAUAUGAUCAUCUGUAUGAUCAUCUUUGGAGGAGUCUUGCUCGUCGUGUUUGCUAUCUAUGAGAGAUUCUGGGCUCCAGUAACCUUCAUCCCAUUCCAGCUACUGAUGGACCGAACUGUCUUCUUUGGUGGGUUGAUGUUUGUGUUCGAGUUCUUCAACUCCAUGGUUUGGGGUAGCUACUUCGGCUCCAUGCUCCAAGUCGUCUGGGGUCUGGAUGUUACGGAAGCCAGUUAUGUCUCAGCCAUUUAUCGAGUUGGAUCCUGCCUGUGGUGUCUGCUCGUCGGAUACUUGAUCCGCUGGACUGGCCGAUUUAAAUGGUUGGCGGUCUACUUCUCAUUCCCCCUCAUGAUUCUCGGAGUCGGAUUGAUGAUCAAGUUCCGUCAGCCUGAUGCGGGCAUUGGGUAUAUUUGCAUGACUCAGAUUUUCGUCGCAUUUGCAGGUGGAACCACUGUCAUCUGCGGCGAGCUUGCUAUGAUGGCACCUUCUGAUCACCAGCACAUUGCUGUUGUGCUUGCUAUAUUGAAUCUUUUCAGUAGCAUUGGAAGUGCGAUUGGAGGUACUGUAUCCGCAGCUAUCUGGACCAGCGAGUUCCCGAAGGCUUUGACGAAGUAUCUGCCGGCAGAAGUCAGCAUGGCCACAGUCUACUCAAACAUCAAUGCCCAGCUGUCGUAUCCUUUUGGAAGCCCGGAGAGAAACGCCAUUGCCCAUGCCUACGGAGAUGCGCAGCGGUACAUGCUUAUUACCAGUGUUUGUAUGCUGGCAGUUGCCUGGGGCUGCGCUGCGAUGUGGCGUGAUAUCAAGGUCAAGGACUUCAAGCAGGUGAAGGGAACUGUGUUCUAA